AUGGAGGCCCGAGGCAGCAUGAACCAGGCUCCUCUACAGACCAUCCCACUCCACUCUGCGGGUUCCCAGGAUGUACCCCAGCCACCGAUGCCUGCUACCCCCAUAGCGUCCUCUCACUCCGGGGUGAAGAGUGAGGCCCCACGUGGGCCCCCUCCCUGGGGUCUCAGCUGCCUUCUGGCCCUACAGCAUAUCUUGGUCCUGGCUGUGCUGCUCUGUGUCUCCCACCUGCUCCUGCUUCGAAGUCUUCCCCCAGGGGGACUCUCAUACACCCCUGCCCAGCUCCUGGCCUCCUGCCUUUUUUCCUGUGGCCUGUUUACCAUGCUUCAGACUUGGAUGGGCAGCAGGAUGCCUCUUGUCCAGGCUCCUUCCUUUGAGUUCCUGAUCCCUGCGAUAGUGCUGACCAGCCAGAAGCUACCUCUGGCCAUCCGGACACCUGGAAACUCCUCCCUUGUGCUGCACCUGUGUGCCACUCCUGGCUGUCCUGGCCUGGAGCUCUGGGAUUCUUUUCUCCAAGAGGUGUCCGGGGCAGUGGUGGCAUCGGGGCUGCUGCAAGGUGUGCUGGGGCUGGUGGGCGGCCCUGGCCAUGUGUUCCUGCGCUGUGGGCCCCUGGUGCUGGCUCCCAGCUUCAUGGUGGCCGGGAUGUCUGCCCACAGGGAGGUGGCCUUGUUCUGUUCCACUCACUGGGGACUGGCUUUGCUACUUAUCCUGCUAAUGGUGGUCUGUUCUCAACAUCUGGGCAACUGCCAGCUGCCGCGAAGUCCCUGGCAGGCAGCUCCAACCUCUCCAAUUCAUGCUCAUCCACUGGCCUUCAGGGUCUUCUCGGUGCUAAUGCCGGUGGCUGCUGUCUGGAUCAUCUCUGCCUUUCUGGGACUCAGCUUCAUUCCCAAGGAGCUGACUUCUGCCUCCCAGGCUCCCUGGCUGUGGUUUCCACAUCCAGCUGCAUGGAACUGGCCUUUGCUGACGCCCAGGGCUCUUGCUGCUGGCAUCUCCAUGGCCCUGGCUGCCUCCACCAGCUCCCUGGGCUGCUAUGGUCUGUGUGCCCGGCUGCUGCACUGGCCUGCUCCACCUCCCCAUGCUUGCAGUCGAGGCCUGGUUCUGGAGGGUCUGGGCACUGUGGUGGCAGGGCUGCUGGGGAGUCCAAUGGGUACGGUAUCCAGCUUCCCCAACCUGGGCACCAUGGGUCUCAUUCAGGCUGGGUCUCAGCGCAUGGUCUACUUGGUGGGGCUGCUGUCCAUGGGGCUUGGGCUCUCCCCAAGGCUGGCCCAGCUCCUCACCACCAUCCCGCUGCCUGUGCUUGGUGGGGUGCUGGGUGUGACCCAGGUCGUGGUGCUGUCUACCGGCUUCUCCACCUUCUACCUGACUGACAUUGACUCGGGCCGAAACGUCUUCAUUGUUGGCUUCUCCAUCUUCAUGGCCCUGCUGCUUCCUCGUUGGCUCCGGGAAGCCCCUGUGGUGCUGAGCUCAGGCUGGACUCCCUUGGAUGUUUUCCUGUGCUCACUACUCACACAGCCUGUCUUCCUGGCUGGUGUUUUGGCAUUCCUCCUGGAGAAUACUAUUCCUGGCACCCGGCUGGAGCGUGGUUUAGACCAAGGGCAGCCAGUGGCAUGUGAUGCCUCAGAGGCCUGGAGGUCUGGGAAGGCCAGCAAGAAGGCUGCGGAAGAAUACGAGCUGCCUUUCCCCCUCUCAAACCUGUGCCUCUGUGCCCCCCAGUCUCUCCGUUGCCUCUGUCCACUGCCUGAGAACUCUAAGGACAAGGACAACAGGUCCUCAGAGCCAGGAGAGAUGGCCAACCUGCUCACUCAUUUGGGAGAGCAAUGCCCUGAAGCACACAGAGAAUUUAGGUCUUAG